GUUAACGACGGCCCCAUUCGAUAUCUCGAGAUUUAUGUAGAACCUCAUCUCGAUGUUAAUGAUCUCGGCACCAAUGGUGUUGAAUUCAAGGAUUCGAAACUAAGAAUAAUUCCUUGCAAAGCCAUAGAUGACAAUUGGAAUAUUACAAAUGUCAAGUUAUCCCACUUGCCAAUGUUGCCUCGUUCUGAAGUCUUGGAAGGCUUAAAGGUCAGUCUAUCUCCUUUUGGCCAAGUUAUUGACGUCGGCAUAAUAACCGAACCUAAUAUUGGGUUUUUUAUGGGAUCCAGCUAUGCU